UGAUGCACUGAUAUCCCUCUCUUAGAUUAUAAACCACAUUAAGCAGGGAGACUUUUGCCAAGAUAGCAAGGUUAAGCUAAAAAAAAGUCAAAGCUAAGACCUUGUAGGAAAUAAAAACAGCCUUGAGUCAAGCUGUCCUAAUCAUAGAACAAAAUCUCCCUCACUUUUAGCAAGGUGAAAACAAGGGGUUACUUCUUAUUUCAAACACUUAUGCACACACUGGUUGUUGAUUUUGUUCUGUUUGCUUUUCGACACUCCCAAGCCUUUGGUAUUUGACACGGCACAGCAGAGGCAGGGCCAAGGUGUAGGUCAUUGGCAUGCACUGGCAUCAGGAGGCACAUUCCUCUUUACAGGCCUCAGAGCAUGAGCUGAACUCCAAACCGACCAGCCCCUGGGUAGGAAUCUGAAGCUGCUCACUACAUCUGGGAAGGAGAUGGCUUUGUUCAGAUGUAGUUUUCUAGGAAGAAGUAGAUAAAAUUGCUCUGAUCUUCACGAUAGAAUGCUUAUCAAGUACACAGAGCUUUGAGCAAAAAGAGGCAGUUCUUUGGAGAACCUGCUGAACUGCUGUAAUAAAUACUGUAAAUGAAUACUCCAGUGUGACUGCUUGGUUCUGUGUCGUGGCAGUGUGAAAACCAGGGGCUGCUCCAUAGCAAAAAAGUGUCCAAUAGGAAGGAAAGGGUUGGGAACUGUAAACACAUCUGAGAUGGUUUGAAGUCUUAGCGAAGCAGUUAAUAAGGGCUGUAUGCCAAGGACACACAAUUUCAGUGAGCUUCACCUGACGCCACUUGAAUAAAAUUGGGCAUGUUGAAAAGAUGGCAGACACAUAGCAUGGAAUAUGGGAAUUCAGUCAGUCUUUAAUCUGAGCAGCCAGGCCCAGCUUCCCCCAUAGUAAGUAUUUACUGUGCUGGCAGACGAAGGUGGAAGAAACAAAAGAUGAGCCUAAAUUAUUUAUUAGAGAUAUAAGCAGGUGAUUUAGACAUUUGAGGUAGCCAAAAAGCAGGUUUAUCAGUUCCCUUCUGAGGCUCUGGGAUACCCUUCCAUGGCAGACACCAUUGCUCCUAACACGUUUCAAGGUUAGUUUAGUUUUUGGACAUAAGUGUUUAAUAGUUCCUCUUUCUCUCUAACAUGUUAUGCAUGCAGUACAGCUCUGGAUAAGUGAACUGAAAUAAAACUUGCCUUUAAUGAUGUUACUUUUCUAUACCAAGAAUGAAGCAGUCCAUUUGUAUGUUGAUCUCAGGCCUUUAUUUACAACUAAAAAAAGAGAAGCAGCAAUUAAGCUUUUUGGUCUGCAAGCACACUGCUUCCACGUUACCAGAAGACUGCUACAAAAGUGCUCUAUGUAUGUGACCAGGAAGAGCAAGCAACAUUGACACCUACUGUUGGACAUAUUAAUUGCUGACAGUACUAAGGCGCCAACUUUCCAAGAUUCUCGUGAACCAGAAGACACUUUCCUUACUUAAAACUACAUGCUGUCUUUUGUUUUGCUUUUGUGUUGCCUCCUGCAGUGCUUUCACUUAAUUGCAAGCCAAGAAUCUGCACGUAAAGGAAACCUCUUCCUUUAACUCAAUUUCCUCAUGGGAAUUAAGUGGAACUAAGUGAUCCUUAGGCAGUGAGAGCUUUUUUGAGGCUAGCUUAUAAAAAUAAAAGGCCUGCAAACAUAUGCUGCUGUUCUCAGAUUAGGCUGUACUGUAUGCAAAGUGAGAGUGUGCAGAUUCUUCAGAAGAGUCGAAGUUUCCACCUCACAAGGAAAUGAGGUUCUCCUACAGAGAACAUCUUGCAGAGCACAUCAGGAAGUACAAACCAGCCAGGUACAGAGCACAGGUUUGAAAGAAGUUUGCUGUCCCUUGUGGAUAGGGACGGAUCAUUUCUAACACUUUCAGAGUUCUUCACAUUAAAACGCUCAUCAUCAUGAUUCCAUACAUGCAGUGCUCGCUGUUUUUAUUUUUUUGUUCCCAGCCCAAUUGAGAGAUUUCAUGUGCAGGAUUGAGUGACUCUCCCAAGAGAUGAAGGAAGAAUUUGGCAACCAGGCUGAAAGAGUUAAGCCCUACAUCUUCUUUCCUACCAUUACUUUUCUCUUCAUCAGGUCAUUUCAGCAAAUGAGCAUCAAGUGAAGACAUGGAUACUCUUGUGAAGAGCUUCCUAUCUUUCAUAUCAUCAAUUUGUAAAAAGAGAUGUGAGAGAAAAUGCUCCAGAGAUAGGAACGUAACGGCAGUUGAAGAGAAAAAAGGCUGAACAUAGAACUUAGCAGUGACUGUUUGCUCACACAGUAAUCUAAAGUCCUCUACGACAAAAGUGAAGUCGUUUUAAUAUGUCCUGAUUUAUGCAUUGUCCCUGGGCUCUCUCUCCAAGUGUGUGGCCUCCAAGAAAUAAUGCUUUUCUUCAAAGGAAAUUAUCCUAGCAAUGUACCAUCAAACGUUUGCUUUUCAGGCCAGCAGCGCACUCACCAUUGAAGGCACUUUGUUAAAGCUUUCUGCCCACCUUCUUUCCAACAACAGUCCCAAGAGUAAGUGAGAGAACUGCCCAGCACAAACUGACUUGCUUUGCCUUCACUGACAAUCACCAGGAAGCCCACUCCACUUCCACGAAGUCACAGCAGGCUCUGGUGACAGGGGCAAGAGAGAAGUCAGCCCAAGAAGCCCCAGGAUCCUGAGCAGCCUCCUGCCAACAGCAGUGAGCUCCUGAGCCCUCCGCUGCUGUAGGUCCAAGCUCUGCUCAUCUCAGCUCUCCGACCCCCAGCCAAGGAGACCAAACCCUUGUAAAGCACCCAGGUUUGGCAGCACCUGCUGCCUCUGGGCAGACACAAUGGCAGCACAAGGUUGAACACUUCAGGUAUCUACUCUGGUGUAAUGCCAAUAUUGACACAAAGUCUCUAGUGGUAAAGAGAACUUCCAAGAAAAGUCAUCUAAUCUUGUUCUUCCACUGCUCAGGCAGCAUCACAGCAUGGUGGACCGUGAUAACGCUUGGGUCUCCAAGCGAAGUCCUGAAGUCUAUUGUAUUGGUAUCUCAAUUUUAAUGAUACUGAUCUUUACCAGCUUGUGCAAUGUUUGGGCAUCUUUGUUGACAUAAGAUUUGCAAGAAGUGAGAGCAGCAUAUAAAAGUGAGAAAAGUCUGCAGCAGAUCAGUUCUGGUCAAAGAUGGCCAAGCUCGUUUUGCUUACCGGUCUGGCCCUCCUGCUGAACGCCCAGAUAGGCUCUGCCUAUGUGCUGUCAUGCUAUUUCACCAACUGGGCUCAAUACAGGCCUGGCCUGGGAAAAUACAUGCCAGAUAACAUCGACCCGUGCCUCUGUGACCAUCUGAUCUACGCCUUCGCUGGGAUGUCCAACAAUGAGAUCACAACCAUUGAAUGGAAUGAUGAGACCCUCUACAAAUCCUUCAAUGGACUGAAAAAUCAGAAUGGAAAUCUCAAGACCCUCCUGGCAAUUGGAGGAUGGAAUUUUGGGACAGCCAAGUUCUCCACAAUGGUUUCCACUCCUGAGAACCGCCAGACCUUCAUCAACUCCGUCAUCAAAUUCCUGCGCCAGUACCAAUUUGAUGGGCUGGACAUCGACUGGGAAUACCCUGGAUCAAGGGGCAGCUCUUCUCAGGACAAAGCUCUCUUCACCGUCCUGGUUCAGGAAAUGCUGGCUGCCUUUGAGCAGGAAGCCAAGCAGGUGAACAAGCCCCGUCUCAUGAUCACGGCUGCUGUUGCUGCAGGACUUUCCAACAUUCAGGCUGGCUACCAGAUUGCUGAGCUUGGAAAGUACUUGGACUAUUUCCAUGUGAUGACUUAUGAUUUCCAUGGCUCCUGGGAUGGAGAAACAGGGGAGAACAGCCCUCUGUACAAAGGCCCCGCUGACACUGGUGACCUCAUCUACUUCAACGUUGAUUAUGCUAUGAACUAUUGGAAGAGCAAUGGUGCUCCAGCUGAGAAACUCCUGGUUGGAUUCCCAACCUAUGGACAUAGCUACAUCCUCAAGAAUCCUUCCAACACUGCUGUUGGGGCACCAACAUCGGGCCCUGGGCCAGCUGGGCCUUACACAAGGCAGUCUGGUUUCUUAGCUUACUAUGAGGUAUGUGUGUUUCAUCACACCUGGGCAGCCAAGUAUGGUCUCAAAACUUCCUACAAAGGAAUUUUAUCCCAUGGAUUCAUGGAAUAUUCCAGCCACCCAUUUCUAUGGGACAGUUACUAA